GGCGCGCACGUCCCCCGUACGGUGGCCAGCCCUCUUCCGAGGCGCUCGCCAGCCGCUCUGGGGCAUCGCCGGGACGCUAAUUUUGGCUGAAGAGCCUUUGGAAGAAGCAUUAUGGAAGUCCUCCGUCCACAGCUUAUAAAAAUCGAAGGGCGCAUUUACAGGAAGAACUUUAUACAAGAACAGACGUAUCAGCAUGCAGAUGAAGAUGAAGAUUUCUAUGGAGAGCCCAUGGAAUGUUCAGAAGAGCUCAGUGACUCCUGUGUGGUGGAGCAGACAGAGAAAGGCUUCCAGUGUGCAGUGGCCGUCCCUAGUCCACUGUUCAAAUAUAUAAUUGGGAAAAAAGGUGAGACCAGAAAGAAACUAGAAAUGGAAACUCGAACUUCUAUUAACAUCCCUAAACCUGGAAUGGAAGGAGAAAUUGUAAUCACGGGCCAGCAACGAGGUGGUGUCAUCUCAGCGAAGACUCGAAUUGAUGUCCUUGUGGAGAGUUUCCGAAGAAAACAGCCCUUCACUCACUUCCUUUCUUUCUCCCUCAACCAACCUGAUGUUCAGGAAGGGUUCUUGAAGUUCCAGGAGAAAGUCUUGGAGAAGUGCUCAAUGGAUCGUGGGGUCAGCAGCUGCCUUUUCCAAAAUCCAGCAAAACUUCAUCUAACUAUUGGAACUCUAGUGCUUCUCAGUGAUCAAGAGAUCCAGUGGGCAUGUGAACUACUGCAGCAAUGUAAAGAAGAUUUUAUCAGCAAAAUUACUGGAGGUAAACCCCUGUUAGCAGAGAUGUUGGGGAUAGAGUACAUGAAUGAUGAUCCUAGCAUGAUGGAUGUUCUUUAUGCUAAAGUUCACAUGAAGGAUGGCUCUGACCGGCUGCAGUUGAUAGCUGACCAGCUGGUAGAACGGUUUGUGUUAUCUGGAUUGAUGAUGAAAGAAUGGGACAGAGUGAAACUCCAUGCUACAGUCAUGAACACUCUAUUCAGGAAAGAUCCCACUGCUGAAGACAGGAACAGUGCCCUAGCAGGCAAAUCGGGCCCUCGGGAAAGAGAAUCAUUUGAUGGCCGAAAUAUAUUAAAGCUUUUUGAAAACUUCAGCUUUGGGGAUCUGUGCCUCAAUUCAGUUCACAUCUCUCAAAGAUUCUCCACAGACAGCUCUGGAUACUAUGCUUCCUCCGGGCAAAUUGACUUCUCUUGAGAUCUUCAUUUUACCCAACCCCUUGUAUCUAAUGGAACUGCAGUCAGUGUGGUGGCUUUUAUUCAUUUCUGUGGACAGCAGCAGUGAAAACAUUGAUGAUAUCAGCAGAACUGUGCUAAAGUUCCCUGGGAGAAUGUCAGUGCUAGAACCUGCUCACUUCUUGCUGCAGACCAGCAGAGGGAGAAGUGCUCAUAGCUCUGGCUUUGUCCCAUCCCAAUCUUCCCUUCUUAUGUAGGUGUACUGAUUGUUAAUUUGUUUUUCUCUUUCACCCCUUCCCUCACUCCAAGUUCCUUUCCUUUUUUUUUUCUCAGGGGAACUCAGAAGUUUGGGGGCUAUAUUUGAGGUGAAUGAUGAAGACUUCCUCCAAAGUCUUCCCAUAAUAUCCUUUUUCUCACUCCUUCCUCCUUUUCCCCAAAGUCCAACUACUAAUUUUUUAACAAGGUCUCUUAACAUAUGAGGAAUGCUUCUAGAGUUAUAGAAUAAUGUAACUCUUUAGCUUAUUUGUGAAUAAAGUAAUUUCCAAAACUAAA